AUGAGGACCAUGCUGGGGGCACCGAGGUGGUCCAGCGCAUGCAUCAUGCAGAGCGAGACCAGCCUGGUGCCCCUCACCACCAGGGUACAGCAGAUCACGGCCUGCCACGUAGCUAGGGUGCUGCAGCGUGACGCGGAGGGAGUGACACAGAGGAGACUGAGGCUGGUGGGGACGCAGGGCGUCGAAUCUCUCCGCCGCAACCCGUGGCUGCUGCAGUGCACGCUGGCUACCUGCAACCUGGCUCACAUGGAGAACUGGCCACAGACAGAACUGGUGGCCAUCCAGCUGGCCCUGGAGCACGCUCAACACUGUCUGGAGCGCACCGUGGUGCUCCACACCGACUCCAGAACGGAGCUACAGGCUCUCCAACAGCCGUAUCCCAGCGACAACGUGGGCCUCGUCACCGCCAUCCUAGGUAGCCUCCAGAGCCUCGCCGCGCAGGGGCGGCGGGUGAGGCUCAACUGGAUACCCAGCCACGUGGGAGUACGGGGCAACGAGGCUGCCGACGCAGCCGCCAAGAGAGCUGCAGGGCAGCACCCCCGCCCCGCUGAACAGGUCACAGCUCCUUAUUCUGACUGGCGAGCAGCACUCCUCGCCGCGCCACUGCACGGCCCACCACCGGGACCCAAGACUCCCCCACCUGCGGUGAGGCUGCAUCAUAGUUUUGGCAAGCAGAAGUCCAGUUCACAGUGUGGCUGGACAACCAGGACAAAGAUGUCGUCUAUGAUGACCUCAAGCGGUAUCUAUCAAGAGUUCUCACACUCUGCCAGCGCCCGGGCCCAACAUCUUCUAAAUCCUCCUCUAACACCUCUGGGAGAUACCACAGCACAUGCAGCAUGGAAUGAGAUGCAAGCACUGGCUAUACUACCUGAAUGUGACUCUACAACCGGUAAACCACAGCGAGUAGACUUGCUGCGGGAGCUGUGGCUGCAACAUCUUCCCUCAUCUGUGAAAGCUGCCCUACACAAAGCUGAUGACUGCCCCAUGGAAGAGCUCAUAAAGAAGGCAGACAAUCUUAUCAAUGCUGCAAAAGUGUCUCGUGCCCCUGACAUCGUCUGCCCUGCCUUAGUCGAUGACCUGCCCAACACCAAUGCCCCUGUUCACAAGUGGCUGCCCGACAACCAGAUGCACGACUGCAAACUAGGAGUUUCCAGCCAACAUGGACAGUAUGGACUGUACUACUACCCACACUGUCAUGGCAGACAGAGAAGUCAAUGCAAACGGGCACUUCUAAAAAUCCAGCCAUCUAUGUCGCUGAGCUGCCCUAGUGGAAAUACAGAGGUGAGAGUUCACACUGGUUCUACUCAUUGCUGUCCUGUCUCCAAAAGUGUUUUGUAG